CCGAGCCAAACGCUCAGUUGAGUGGGAUGGGGGGGGCUUUUGGAAAACCCAAAGCCAUGAAGUGGUUUUCGAUUUUGGUUCUGCUACUGGCGCUCAUUUCCCUCGUCGAAUUUGGAUAUGCCCGCAAAAUUCACAAGAUUACCAUUAAAAAUGGCAACAUUAUAUAUCAUGGAAACUGCAAUGGCUGCACAGCGCGCGCCACCAAAAACUCGGCUCGUUUAAGUUUCAAAUUACUAAAUUAAUACUAAACUACCCACCGCCUACAACUGGAAAAGGAAGUAGAGGUAGGCCCACAGCCAAGCCCAGCUCCAAAUCACCUCCAUCCCACGGUCGUCCAUCAUUGGAUGACGAUGAUGAACUGCAUCAAUCUUCUGGAGGGAGUCAGUACAUUGGCAGGCGCCAAACGCCAGUUGCGCGGUGGUCAGUACAUCGAUUUGGGCGGAUCUGGCUUAGGCGGGGGCGGAGUAGGAGGCUGGCCAGGAUCUGGCAUAACCACCAUCGAUGCCAGAGGCUAUCCCGGCGGAACCCUGGUGCGCAACAGCGAUUGCGUCGGAUGUAAUAUUCGUGGAUGAAAUCAAUAAAUUACAUAUGGAAAUA